AUGAGCACCCCUGUCACUCUUCACAUCUACCAUGUGUCCACCAAUUCUACGGUGGGCGCUGUGAAUGAGUACCUGGAGGCCAUUGGAACAGGUGCCUUUCAUGCUGGUGUGGAAGUGAAUGGCGUGGAGUACAGCUACGGCUAUGCUCCCGAUCGCACAGGCGUUUUCACAUGUGCUCCAAAGGGGUGCAAGGCCCAUGUAUACAAAGACUCGUUGGACAUGGGUGCGACUUCCAAGUCGGCUUCGGAGAUUGAUGAAAUCAUUGAAGAGAUGAAGGAAGACUGGCCUGGUUUCGAGUAUGACCUGCUGCGCCGCAACUGCUGCUUGUUCAGCAAAGCAUUGGUGGACAAGCUGGGCGUGGGCCCUGUUCCCACCUGGGUAACCAACCUGGCUGCUGCGGGGGCAACGCUGCACGAUGGCAUCCUGAAAGGCAAGGAGAUCGCUGACAAAGCAGCAGUCAUGGCCAGGGCCAAGGCUGGAGAGUUCGAUGCAAAGUACAACAUCAGCGGCACGGUCUCCGCCGGUGCCAAGGAAGUGAUGCUGGCUGCCGGCCGCUUUGACGAGGAGUACAAGGUUCGAGAGAAGGCUUUUGCAGCUGCCGUUGCCAUCAAGGCCAAAGCAGGAGAACUCCACCAGGCUGCAAAGGACAAGGCAGCCGAGAUCCACAAGGAUGCGGAUGCUGAUGGCGACGGUGCAGUCAGCGCAGCGGAGAUGAAGCUGUACCUCAAAGAGCAGCUCCGCACCACCCACGAGAAGGCUUUGCAGGCAGCAAAAGACUUACACAAGAGUGUGGACAAGGACGGCGAUGGCAAGAUCACCUUCGAAGAAGCGAAGUCUUUUGCGACAGAGAAGGCUGGACACUGCGGCUGUGAGGCAUGCACAGUGCAGUGA